ACCCCAGGGGUCUCCAGGGUCCCCUGCAGGACGCCCCCCACCCCCCGCAAAUGCCAGGAGGAGCAAGCUGGAUGCACCUGAUGGGGGGGCGGCCAGGUGGGCAGGUGCGCCCGGCCGCCCGCGGGUACUGCAGCAGGGAGCAGUGCAGCAGCCCGGGCUCUGCACCCCGCAGGAGCAGCAGCAGGUGACCCAGAGGCUCAGGUGAGGGCCAGGUGAACAGAAUGAGCGACUGGAACAGGAUCUUUGCCCAAAAUGUACUUGUCCCUCCACAUCCGCAGAGAGCCCGGCAGCUUUUGAAGGAAUCCAUGGCCUUUCAGUGUGUCCUGAAGUGGCUCGAUGGGCCGCUAAUUAAGCAGGGGGCGCUGGAGGUGCUGUCGGAGGUCGAGUGCCACCUGCGAGUGUCUCUCUUCGACGUCACCUACCGACACUUCUUUGGGAGGACGUGGAAAACCAUGGUGAAGCCGACCAGGCAGCUCUCUCAGCAGCCACCCAGGAUCAUCUUCAGGGAGCCCUUCUACUUUCACACGUCCUUAAACCACCCGAACAUUGUGGCUGUGGUCGAAGUAGUCGCUGAAGGCAAGAAGCAGGACGGGAGCCCCCAGGCCUUGUCCUGCGGGUUUGGAAUUCUCCGGAUCUUCAGCAGCAGGCCAGACUCUCCGCCCUCUCCGUCCCAGGACCGACAGUUGAAGCUGUAUCAUGGCACCCCCAGAGCCCUCCUGCACCCGCUCCUCCAGGACCCCAUAGAACAAAACAAGCACAUGACCCUCAUUGAGAACUGCAGCCUGCACUACACGCUGCGGCCCCACCCGGCCCUGGAGCCUGCCUUCCACCUCCUGCCCGAGAACCUGCUGGUGUCAGGUCUGCAGCCCAUCCCCGGCCUCCUUCCGGCGCACGGCAACUCGGGUGAUGCCCUCUGGAAGCCACGCCUUCAGAAGACCUCCACGUGGCACCUGGACGACAUCUUCUUCUCCCUGUAUCCCUCCCUCGAGAAGUUUGAGGAGGAGCUUCUGGAACUCCUUGCCCAGGACCACUCCCAGGAGGGAGGUGGCCUGCUGGACGGUGGCCCCCUGGGGGUCCUGGAGCGACGCCUGCACGUGGGCGUGCACAACGGUCUGGGCUUCGUGCAGAGGCCGCAGGUGGUGGUGCUGAUGCCCGAGAUGGACAUGGCCUUGACGCGCUCCGCCAGCUUCAGCAGGAAAGUCAGCUCCUCUUCCAGAACCAGCUCUGGAAAUCAGGCUCUGGUUUUGAGAAGCCGCCUGCGCCUCGCCGAGAUGGUCAGUCACCCUGCCUUUGCCAUCACCUUUCAGCUGGAGUACGUGUUCAGCAGCCCUUCAGGAGUGGACAGCAACGCUGUGUCGCUCACUGCCUUGUCCCACUUGGCGUGCAUGCGCAUGGUCCGCUGGGCUGUCUGGAGCCCCGACCUGGAAGCCAGUGACGGCAGGGUCUCCUUGCCUCUGCAGGGUGGCACUGGGCCCAGCCCCUCGCGCUGCCUGGUCUACAAGGUGCCCUCGGACAGCAGGAGCUCUGAAGAGGUGAAGCAGACCGAGGUGGGGACGGUGCAGUUCCGGUUCUCGCUGAGCCCGGAGGAGCUGCCAGAGACCCCCAAGGAACGUGCCGAAGGCCCCCGGGCGGAGCAGCGGCCCUGCGGGAGGCCGCCCCGGUCCCCCUCAGGCCCACCAGCACCGACGCCCCAGGGUCUUGCUGCCACCCAGAACUCUCCCGUGGGACCAGGGUUGUCACUGUCCCAGCUGGCGGCCUCCCCACUGUCCCCAGCUCAGCGUCAUUCAGCCAGAGUGAGUCCACAGCCACUGGACGGUUCCCAGCCCCAGACAGAGGACUUCCCGCUGGAGGGCAGGAUCUCGCACCUGGAAGCUGACCUGAGCCGGACUCCUGCCUCCCUGGAAACCUCUGUCACCGAACACUUACAGGAGCUGCCGUUCACCCCGCUGCACGCCCCCAUUGUGGUGGGAGCCCAGACCAGGAGCUCUGGAGGCCAGCUCUCGAGGGCCACCAUGGCUGUCCUGCAGUCCUCCGGCUUCCCGGAGAUUCUGGACACCAACAAGCAGCCCGCAGAAGCCGUCAGCCCCACAGAGCCCGUGGAGUUCAACCCGCAGAAGGAAGAGGCAGAUCGUCUGCAGAGCAACGAGAUGGUGCUGCACUUCUUGGCCUUCAGCAGAGUGGCCCAGGACUACCAAGGAACACCGUGGCCAAAGACUGUGUAUUUCACCUUCCAGUUCUACCGCUUCCCACCCGUGACCACGCCGCGCCUGCAGCUGGUCCCACUGGACAGGGCUGGGGGGCCCAGCUCCGCCUCCCUGUCCCACCUCCUCGUUCCCAUCAGUAAAGACGGCUCCUAUGACACAGGGCCCCCAGGCUUGCAGCUGAGGUAUGCAGUGGGCCCCGAGUUCCUGAAGCCAGGCGAGCAGCGCUGGUUCCUCCGCUACCUGGCCGUGCACACGUUGCAGAUCGACGUCUGGGACGGGGAUUCGCUGCUCCUUCUUGGAUCGGCCGCUGUCCCAAUGAAGCACCUCCUCCGCCAAGGCCGGCCAGCCGUGCAGGUUGCCCACCAGCUGGAAGUCGUGGCCACCGAGUAUGAGCAGGACACCCCGGUGUCUGGGUUCGGCAGUGUCAAGCCCAUCGGGGUCCACACGGUGGUGCAGGGCCGGCUGCAUCUGACCUUGGCCAACGUGGGUCACGCAUGUGAACGCAGAGCGAAAGAAUCCUGCUCGCUGCCACCGUCCAGAUCUCGGGUCAUCUCGAACGACGGAGCCAGCCGCUUCCCUGGGGGCAGCCUCCUCACGCUGGGAAGCCAGAGACGGAGGAACGUGGUCCAGGCGCAGAGGCUGGCCGACGUGGACAGCGAGCUGGCCGCCAUGCUGCUGACCCCUGCGCUGGGCGGCCGGGGACCCUGGAGCAGCGGCCGCGAGGUGGACGCUGUGCGCAGGCGAAAGCUGGAGAGGAUGCGGUCUGUGCGCCUGCAGGAGUCGGGGGCGGAGCCCGUCAGCCGCAGGACGGCCGUGCUGGCCCAGCAGAGCGCGCGUAUGCAGCACUCCCGGGACCUGCAGGUCAUCGACGCCUACCGGGAGCGCACCAAGGCGGAGAGCAUCGCCAGCCUGCUGAGCCUGGCCAUCACCACGCAGCACACGCUCUACGCCACGCUGGGCACGGCCGAGUUCUUUGAGUUCGCCCUGAAAAACCCCCACAACACGCAGCACACGGUGUCCAUCGAGAUCGACAACCCCGAGCUCAGCCUCAUCCUGGACAGCCGGGAGUGGAGGUACUUCAAAGACGCCGCCGGCCUGCACACGCCGCUGGAGGAGGACGUGUUCCACCUGCGCGGCGACCUCACCCCCCAGCUCUACCUGCGCCCCCGGGAGACCGUCCACGUCCCCUUCAAGUACCAGAGCUUCUCCGUGGGCCCACCAGAGCUGGCACAGGCCUCCACCGAGCUGAGGGCCGAGCGGGGCAGGGAUGCUGGAGCACCCUGGAAGUCUGGUGCCACGCCCACUAAACAUGCCAAGGUCCUGUUCCGCGUGAGUGGCGGCAAGCCCCUGGCCGUGCUCUGCCUGACUGUGGAGCCCCAGCCCCACAUGGUGAACCAGGUCUUCCGCUUCUACCACCCGGAGCUCACCUUCCUGAAGAAGGCCAUCCGCCUGCCUCCCUGGCACACCCUUCCAGGAGCUCCUGUGGGAAGACCAGGGGAGGAGCCAGCAGUCCACGUGCGGUGCAGCGACCCAAAUGUCAUCUGCGAGGCCCAGAAUGUGGGCCCCAGGGAACCCCGGGAUGUGUUUCUGAAGGUGGCCAGUGGUCCCAGCCCCGAGAUCAAAGACUUCUUUGUUACCAUUUAUGCGGAUCGCUGGCUGGCGGCACCCGUGCAGACGUGGCAGGUCUGCCUCCACUCCCUGCAGCGUGUGGAUGUCUCCUGCGUCGCGGGCCAGGUGACUCGCCUGUCCCUUGUCCUCCGGGGGACGCAGACUGUCAGGAAAGUGAGAGCCUUCGCCUCCCACCCCCAGGAGCUGAAGAUGGACCCUGCAGGUGACUUCCUGCUGCCCCCCCAUGGGGUGCAGGACCUGCAUGUGGGCGUGCAGCCCCGCAGGGCUGGCAGCCGCUUCGUGCGCCUCAACCUGGUUGAUGUGGACUUCCACCAGCUGGUGGCUUCCUGGCUCCUGUGCCUCUCCUGUCGCCAGCCACUCAUUUCCAAGGCCUUCGAGAUCACCAUGGCAGUGGGGGAAGGGAAGGGCGCUAACAAGCGGAUCACCUACACCAACCCCUACCCGACCCCGAGGGCCUACCGCCUGCACAGCGACCGCCCGGACCUGCUGGAGUUCAGGGAGGAUGCCUUCCAGGUGGGGGGCGGAGAGACCUACACCAUCGGCCUGCGGUUCUCCCCAGGUGGGAGGCCGGGGCAAGAAGAGAUCCUGAUCUAUAUCAACGACCAUGAAGACAAGAACGAAGAGACCUUUUGCGUGAAGGUCACCUACCAGUGAGCGCUGGGGCCCUGUCACCGGGCCUGGGCCUGGCUGAGGGGGGAAGUGUCCCCUGGUCGUUUCUGUGGCGGCUGCGUCCAGCUGAGCUGCUGCUCACACUGCCCGCAUCCAUGGGGCCGAGAUCCCAGGCCUGAGCGUGAACCCUGGUGGCGGUGGUGGCCCUGCCCUUGGUGUGCAUGAGAACCACUUUGUCCCUCCCCAGCCCAGGGAGAUCGUCACCGUCUAUAACUUUGUUUUGAUUUGCUUUUAGCAAAAUGUAUUUUAUAAAUCAUCCUAAGUGAUAAAAUUAUAUUUUUCUUACUGGAUUUUGUACGAACAUAAACUAUGAUUUGCUGUAGUGUUUUA